AUGAGCGACAGGGACAGGGCGUCGCCUUCCCUCACGGACACGCCGCUGAAGACGUAUAUAGGUCGUCACGACGACGACUACCCCCUCAUAAACGGAAACGAUUUCCUGAGUCACGGGGCGAGCUUUAACAAGAAAUACGGAAAGUCGGUGAACAAUAAGGACACGCUAGAAGACAAGAAAGAUGACAACGAGCUGUGGGAGGCGCAGGCCGCUUUCCUCGGACCCAACCUCUGGGACAAGACUCUGCCCUACGACCCCGAUCUCAAGGUACACGAAUACGUGGACCUAGAUGAAUUCCUGUCGGAGAAUGGCAUGCCGGGCGAAGGCUUGGGCGGUGCGCAUCUCGGCGGCUCGGCCUUCGGGCCGGGCACGGGCCUGGCGCUGGGACUCCAGGCGCCCAUCACCAAGCGAGAGCGCUCACCAUCACCCUCCGAUUGCAUGAGUCCCGACACCAUCAACCCGCCGCUCUCGCCCGCCGAUUCAACAUUCUCAAUGGCAUCGUCAGGGCGCGACUUCGAUCCCCGGACGCGUGCUUUCUCCGACGAGGAGCUCAAGCCGCAGCCCAUGAUCAAGAAGUCCCGGAAACAGUUCGUGCCCGAUGACCUGAAAGACGACAAGUACUGGGCGCGUCGGCGAAAGAACAAUAUGGCGGCGAAGCGUUCCCGGGACGCGCGGCGCAUGAAAGAGAAUCAAAUCGCGCUGCGAGCGGGUUAUCUCGAGAAGGAGAAUAUGGGGUUACGGCAAGAAGCGGCCCGCGAACCCACCACCCCGUAUAGCACAAACACGCCACACGAUAAGUCGCGGGCGACGCCGCUGCCGGCUGCGGGCACAUCAUAUUUACCAUCUAUUUGUGAUGCUUUUUAA